AUGGUCUGGUCAUCGCCCGAUAGCGUCCUCACAAGGCUCUUCUCUGGCGAUCCCCUCAUCAUCGCCAUCGCCAUCCUCAUUACCUUUGGCCUGCCGGUGUGUCUACACCUCUACUUCUACACCCAAGCAACCCGAAGCAGAUCCACGCCGACUUUCUUACUCUUAGGCCCCAGCGGUGCCGGAAAGACCUCGCUUGUAUCUCUGAUACAAAAACAAUCAACCAAUCCCGAAGACGCGGAACCCGCGACAACUCGUACUUCUCAAGUGACAACCCAUGUCAGCUUAUUAUUACCAGGCACUAUUCCCCUCGGCUCCAAUAAGUAUCGUUCCGAGAACGAUGCCUCUCUAAAAGACAAGCAGCCAACCUCAUAUACCGUGAUUGACACCCCCGGGCAUGGAAAGCUUAGGCUCGAACAUGCCUUGUCCCAUCUCAGCGAUACCUCCCUGUCCGGGGUUAUUUUUGUCGUUGAUUCUAGUAUCCUCGAAUCCAGUGACUCCUCUGGGUCCCGAGACACCGCUGUCUAUCUGCACGACACGCUGCUUGCGUUGCAGAGGAGAAUAACCGGAAAAGGGUCAAAGAAGCCCAAGUCUGCACUCCCGGUGCUAAUUGCGGCUAACAAGCAAGACUUAUUUACCGCACUACCAGCUGGCGCAGUCAAAGACCGCUUACAGUCCGAGAUUGAAAGAGUCCGAGUGUCGAGAAGCAAGGGUCUUAGUGCGGUAGGUCAGGACACAGAUGAAGACACGGGAGAGGAUAUCCUUGGAGGUGGAGGAGAGGAUAAAUUCACAUUUAAGCUAUUUAAAGAAGAGUACGACACCAGGGUCGAUGUUAUUGGCGGAGCAGUCAAAGGUGAAGAGGCAGGCAAAGGCGUACAGAGAUGGCUAGAGUGGAUAGGAGGUUGCCUGUAA